AUGUCCUCUCUCCAAGCAAGAUCACUUGCUUCUCAUGCUUCGGCCCCUGAGCCAUCCUACAAAAAAGGCUCAGCAGUCUCAAUCAGCUACAACGACAUUCAUGGUGCCUCACCAGAGAAGCUCUCUACAUUGUUCCCCAAAUUACGUGAAGCAUUUGGGCCAGAGCCUCACUGUCUUGGCAUCGUCAUUGUCAAAGAUUUGCCCGAACACUUCCCACAGAUGCGGCAUCGUGCAUUAGCCUAUUCAGCUAUUCUUGGCAAGCAAUCGCCAGACAAGCUGAGUGCACUCGAGUCUGCAGAAAGCAAGUACCUCGUUGGCUGGUCCCGAGGAAAAGAGAACUUCAAGGGCAAGCUUGAUCAGCUCAAAGGUUCAUUCUAUGUUAAUCCAACGCACGAGUACACAAGUAGCUCUACUCAACCAGACUUUCCACAAUACGAGACUCCCAAUCUUUGGCCGAAACUCGACGGCUUUCAGGAUGCAAUUACAACUCUGAGCAGGUUUGUGGUCAGUGUUGGCGGCGACGUGGCACACGCCUGCGACGCGUAUGCACAAAGUGCUCUACCUGAAAGUGCUGGCUAUAAAGCGAGCUACUUAGGCGACAUGGUGACGAGAAGCCGUACGUGCAAGGCUCGACUGCUCCACUACUUCGCCAUUUCUGAAGCCCAUGCCAAGGAAUUGAAGGAAGACCCACAACCGUGGUGUGGCGAGCAUCUUGAUCAUGGUUGUUUGACUGGUCUGACGUCGGCCAUGUUUAUCGAUGAAGCAACACAGCCCGCAUCAGCGACAAGUCCAGAUGAGAUUCAGGAACUUUCCAGCAGUCCUGACCCAGAGGCUGGACUUUACAUUCGGAACCGUGCAGGCGAGGUCAUCAAGGUCAAUAUCCCACGCGAUGCACUCGCCUUCCAGACUGGUCAAGCACUGGAACUCACUACAAAUCGUUCACUCAAGGCUGUGCCGCACUUUGUUGUUGGAUCAGGCGUGCCUGGCAUCUCACGCCAGACACUUGCAGUUUUUAUGCAGCCCAAUUUGGAGGACACACUUGGCAAUCGCAAACUCAAGUUUAGUGAUUUUGCACGAGGCAUUGUGGAUGAGAACUACGGAGUUCAAAGUGCUUGA